AUGGACCGUUUCCGGAUGAUUUUCCAGUACUUCCAGUCCAACUCGGAGUCUGUAAUGAACGGGAUCUGUGGGCUCUUGGCCCUGGCAAGUGUAAAGAUGUACACCAGCUUGGACUUCAGCUGCCCCUGCCUGCCCCAGUACAACAUGGCAUAUGGCUUGGGGAUCAUGUUCGUGCCCCCCAUCAUCCUCUUCCUGUGUGGUCUCAUCCUCAACAGACAGUCCCUGGUGAUGCUGGAGGAGUGGAGGCGACCACAGGGGCACAGGAAGAAGGACCCAGCUGUCAUCAGGUACUUGUGUUCCUCCAUCAUGCAGCGAGCCAUGGUUGCCCCUGUCGUCUGGAUCGUAGUCACCCUCCUGGAUGGCAAAUGCCUGAUCUGUGCUUUCAGUGGCUCCAUGGAUCCCCAGAAGUUUGUGGGCUUUGCCAAUGUGAGCACAGAGCAGGUGCAGCAGCUGCUGGCCAAGGUGCCCUGCAAGGAUGAGGAGCUCGUGAGGAACAACACGUCCCGCAGGGCAGUGUCCAGGUACCUGCGCUGCUGGUCCCAGGCACUUGGCUGGAGCAUUUUGUUGAUCCUGAUCAUAGCAGCUUUCCUUGCCCGCUGGCUCAGACCUUGCUUCAACCAGGCCACCCUCCUGCAGGCACGUCACUGGAGCAACUACAUUGACAUUGAACAAAAGAUUUUUGAGGAAACCUGCUGUGAGCACAGCCGGCUCUUUGCUCACAAAUGCAUCCUCCACUUCUUCGAAAGCAUGAGGCAAGAGAUCAAACUGCACAGCUUCAGCUUGCCUAGGGAGGGAGAGAGGGCUGAAGGAGGGGAAGGUCUUCUCCAGGGUAUCACAGAUCGGGACCAGGUGAACAAACUCCUGAAAACGUGGUACUAUGAGAAACCUCCCCUGGAUGUCAGCCAGGCACACCAGAGGCAUCCCCUGGUGCGAGAGAGAUCCCCUCUGCCCUGGGCAGUCAAGGCCAGCACCCACUCUAAUUUCCCCCAGCACUCCAAUGUGUAA